AUGGACUCACCUUCUCCAACUGGCUUGGAUGUCAGUUGUGGAUCAGACGACGAAGAUAUGAUCAGCCAGAAAGAAAAAAUUUCCGAAUUCAUUAAGGAUCUUGUACACAUGGCUGAUAUCCUGACCAAGCAAUCUGAGCUUGGUAGUUCCAAAUGGGCGAAGGCUAUUACUUCAACGCCCCUAUUCACUGGCAUGGCCCCUACGAUCCACAAUUAUGUCAAAGCUAUAGAUCUCCAUGGAGCAUGCCCAGGAAGGACAUGGCCGAAGAAUGCUCUCGAAAAAUGA